GUUUACUUAUUAUAUUGAGAAAACUUUUCACCGCAGCCUGAUCCUCCUCCUUGUUUGUCCUCUCAGACAGUACGGCCGUACUUGUGAGCCUCGGCAGAGAGAUGGAGAUGGAGCAUUUCGACGAGCGGGACAAAAGUCAGAGACACAGCCGGUCCAGUGCGAAGAUGAACGGGGUGGCGAGUCCUACACACAGCGCCUACUGCAGCCUGUACCGGACCAGGACCUUGAAGACUCUGACCACGGAGAAGAGAGCCAAGAAGGUCCGCUUCUACCGCAACGGAGACCGGUACUUCAACGGGAUAGUAUACGCCAUCUCCACAGACAGGUUCCGGACCUUUGACGCACUGCUGGCGGACCUGACCCGCUCCCUGUCCGACAAUGUCAACCUGCCGCAGGGCGUCCGGACCAUCUACACCAUGGAUGGCUGCAAGAAGAUCACAAGUAUUGAGCAGCUGGUAGAAGGUGACAGCUAUGUGUGCAGCUCCAUCGAAGCUUACAAAAAGUUGGAUUACACGAAAAACGUGAACCCCAACUGGUCGGUGAAUGUCAAGGCCUCGGCUGCAUCCUCCCGCGGGCCCCCCUCCCUGGGCAGCGCCAAUGCCGGGGCCCCCGAGAGCCGCGAAAUCAAGGACUUCAUACGUCCAAAGCUUGUGACAGUGGUGAGGAGCGGAGUGAAGCCCCGCAAAGCUGUGAGGAUCCUGCUGAACAAGAAAACAGCCCAUUCCUACGAACAAGUCCUGACCGACAUCACUGAUGCCAUCAAGCUUGAUUCUGGAGUGGUGAAGAAGAUCUUCACACUGGAGGGCAAACUGGUGUCGUGUCUGCAAGACUUCUUUGGUGAUGAGGACGUUUUUGUUGCGUGUGGACCGGAAAAGUUCCGCUACCAAGAUGACCUGAUGUUGGACGAGAGUGAGUGUCGUAUGAUGAAGGCUGUGAACUAUGGGAAGGUGUCUGGCUCUCUGAGCCGAGGCUCCCCCAGGACUGUCAUCCAAUCGCAAUGCAGCAAGUCCCCUGCAUCUGUGAAUGGGACGCCGGCCAGUCAGCUGUCCACUCCUCAUUCGGGAAAAUCUCCCAGCCCCUCCCCGACCAGCCCAGGCAGCCUCAGCCAACGCCGGGGGUCCCAGGGUUCUUCCACCUCUCUGUCUUCCACUAAAGUUUCUAGCUCAGUGGAAGACGGGGAUGGACCUGUCACUGAAGCUGAUGUUCCAGUCGAUGAGGUUCCAGCAGUGCCGUCCUACAUAUCGGACCGAUACAAGGUGGGACGCAUGUUAGGCGAUGGAAACUUUGCAGUCGUCCGGGAAUGUGUGGAGCACUCCACAGGACGGGAGUAUGCUCUGAAGAUCAUCAACAAGGGCAAAUGCAGAGGCAAGGAGCACAUGAUCCAGAACGAGGUGGCCAUCCUCCGCAGGGUUAAACAUCCAAAUAUUGUCCUGCUCAUAGAGGAGAUGGACACUUACAGCGAGCUCUAUCUGGUCAUGGAGCUGGUCAAGGGGGGAGAUCUGUUUGAUGCCAUCACCUCCGCCAACAGGUACACAGAGAGAGAUGCUAGCGGCAUGCUCUACAAUCUGGCCAACGCCAUCAAAUACCUCCACAGCCUGAACAUUGUGCACAGAGACAUCAAACCAGAAAACCUGUUGGUGUAUGAACAUGCAGACGGCAGCAAAAGCCUGAAACUGGGAGACUUUGGAUUGGCGACUGUGGUGGACGGACCUCUCUACACUGUCUGCGGGACCCCGACAUAUGUAGCACCUGAAAUCAUCGCAGAAACAGGGUAUGGCCUUAAGGUGGACAUCUGGGCAGCUGGAGUCAUCACCUACAUCCUGCUUUGUGGUUUCCCACCUUUUAGAGGGAGCAGUGACGAUCAGGAAGUGCUUUUUGAUCAGAUACUAAUGGGACAGCUAGAAUUUCCUCUACCGUACUGGGACAACGUGUCAGAGACUGCCAAGGAACUGAUUCGAUCCAUGCUGGAAGUGGAAGUGGAUCAGAGAUACACUGCCCUCCAGGUGCUAGAACACCCUUGGGUCACUGAUGAGGGUCUAUGUGAGAAUGAUCAUCAGUUGUCAGUAGCAGGGAAGAUAAAGAAGCAUUUCAACACCAGUCCGAAGGUCAAUGACACCACUGCAGGAGUGUCAGUUAUUUCUUUGGACGACAGUUUUUCUAUGCAGAGAUCUGGGUCGUUGGAUUUCUACCAGCACCCGGCCAUGUACUGGAUAAGGCCACCCCUCUUGAUAAGGAGGGGCAGGUUCUCAGACGAGGACGCCACCCGAAUGUGAAGCCACUGCCUUUGCAGAUGAUGCUGACAAUGACAACAGUAACGACAUCAACAACGAAAACACUAUGGGCGGAGCCUCCCAGUUGCCUCCCUGGCCUGCCCAUGGCCCCUCCCUCUCUGACCCCUGACACUUGCUCUGACCCUUCCCCGAACCCCAGCCUCCCAUCUGACUCUGAUGACAU